AAUAUGAUUUUAUUAUUAAUUAACCAUUUGCCGUUGAAAUAGCAUUGGAGAAAAAUUAAGGCCCGUGGAAAAAUAUGUUUGAACCAUAAAAUCUGUCGAUUAUAGUGAUCUUGGAAAGGAGUUAUUUUUUUUUUAUAAUUCAGGCCAAUUAAUAACACAAAACCGAAACCGGUAAUAUUUUUUAAAAUAUUCAGGGCUGUUAAGUAUAUAGUGAUAUUUUUUCGUUUAUUAUUCGUCUAUUUUGUAAGAAAAGUUGUCAGGUAGCAAGUUAGUUGCCUUUUUGUUAAAUUGUUCUACCUUUGUUUGGCCAGUUAGUAACCUCCUCUCUUUAAUCUACUCUCUAGGAAUUUGGAGUAAGUUUAAUCUUUAAUAAUCCGCUCGUAAAAAUGUCUGUUACUGCGUUCUUGAAGAAAUUGUGGCACAUGGUUUGCGAUGAAAAGACCGAAGAAGUAAUUUCGUGGUCUGAAAACGGAAAGUGCUUCAUCAUCAAGGAUCAAAUCGUGUUUACAUCCGAGCUACUUCCAAAGUACUACAAGCACAACAAUCUUUCCAGUUUCACCAGGCAGCUGAAUAAGUACGGCUUCAGGAGGGUGUCUAACCCAGAAUCCUUCUUCGUCUAUUUGGCUUUCGAACACCCUUCGUUCGUCAAGGGCGACUAUAGCUCUAUGCUCCAGAUAAGGAGGAAAAUCAGUUCGAAAUGCAGGUCCGUAGAGGAGAAGGAGGACGACCCUCAAGGGUCCAACGAUUCCAGUCUCGAAGCGCAAAUCCGUCAGAUGCGUGCUCGUCAGGAGGAGGUCGAGACGCAGCUUUCCGCCAACAAGAUCGAAAGGGACGCGUUAUGGAGAGAGCACUCCAUCCUACGCCAGAAGCAGCAACAGCAAUCCCAGCUCAUAAACAGCCUCAUACAGUUUCUCAUUUCUCUCAUACGUCCUAACAACAAUGUUAGACGCUCUGUGCCACUCAUGCUCAAAGACACGGAGAGGAACGAUAUAAACCUAUGUGCUAAGAUAAAAGAAGUACAACAAAAAGCCCAGGAAAACAACCACACAGCUCAAGAUAACAUUUCUGAUGCCUUAAUCGAAGAAACGAUUUCGCCUGGUGACAAACAAAUGUUUUUCACCUCCACUUCUCAAGAUGAAAUAAGCAAUCCUAUAGAAAAUUGUAUUGAAGAAAGUCUCAACGCCGUUCAUAAAGAAAGGCGACAAGGUUUGAAAAGGCCGUGGGAUAUCAAAGAAGAAGAGACAGAAGAGCCAAUGUCCAUUCUUGUGCCCUCUACAGAUGAAUCGGAUUCGAAGUCAGAAAUUGAAUUAUUAAAAGAUUUUUUGAUGUACGACAAUAUACCGUAUCCUUCGAGGCUGAUGGAUCUAUUUGGUUCUGAAGACCCUCUUGGAUUGAAACUGCCCGAAACAGACUGGAAAGAAACUCAAGAGGACAAUGAAAUAGUCGUCUACAAUGGUAUAAACGAUUUAUUUAUUAACAACAAAUUAUCAUCUUAAUGUAUGGAUAACCAUCGGACUGCUAUGUUUCUAAGGCUGAAUCUAAACCAUCAAACUUUAAACUAUCAUCAUUUUUUGUUCCCUAGUCUUAAUUGUACAUUUAUGUUUAGACUAAACUUUACAAUGCAGCAAAUUGUGUUUGUUACCUAGUCUUAAUUGUAUAUUUAUGUUUUAAUAGUAAUAAAGUAGUCUGUUCAAUUUGA